CGGCGCCUUGAGGCCGGGCGGCGGGUCCGGCGGCCGUCGGAAGCUGCCCGCCGAGGGGCUGAAGAGGGCCGCGGGCGUGGGGCUCCGGCGCCCGCUGAUGGGAGGCGGCCUCCGGGAGAGCAAGCGACGGCGCCGCAGCCACCAUGGGGAACAAGCAGACCAUCUUCACCGAAGAGCAGCUGGACAACUACCAGGACUGCACCUUCUUCAAUAAGAAGGACAUCCUCAAGCUCCACGCGCGCUUCUAUGAGCUGGCCCCCAACCUCGUCCCGAUGGACUACAGGAAGAGCCCCAUCGUCCACGUGCCCAUGAGCCUCAUCAUCCAGAUGCCGGAGCUCCGGGAGAAUCCCUUCAAGGAAAGGAUUGUGGAGGCUUUUUCUGAGGAUGGCGAGGGGAACCUCACCUUCAACGACUUUGUCGACAUGUUUUCUGUGCUCUGUGAGUCGGCUCCUCGUGACCUCAAGGCAAACUACGCCUUCAAGAUCUACGACUUCAACACCGACAACUUCAUCUGCAAGGAGGACCUGGAGAUGACGCUGGCCCGGCUCACCAAGUCGGAGCUGGACGAGGACGAGGUGGUGCUCGUGUGUGACAAGGUCAUUGAGGAGGCCGAUCUGGACGGCGAUGGCAAGCUGGGCUUCUCCGACUUCGAGGACAUGAUCGCCAAGGCCCCUGACUUCCUCAGCACUUUCCACAUCCGGAUCUGAGGACAGUGCCGAGGUUGCAGGGGCAAGAAGCCGACCAUCCAGCUCUGCUGCCUACACGAGUGUGACCUCCAGGCUCCCCAGGAGAGGAGCUGUGGCCUCUGGGGUUUACACCCAUGCACAUUUCCUUGGCCCUUUCAGCAAAAAAUCCUUAACCAGGGAAGGGGGUAUGUGAGGGGCAGGGCCUUUCCCAGCCCCCCUGUGGUCCCUCCACGGGCCUUCCCUCUCUCCCCCCAACCUUCCCCACACCCUGGUCCUCUCCCCAUCAGAAAUGGCCCUACUGGGAGGGGAAGACAGAACCCCUAACAGGGCAGGGGUGCUGACUUGUCCAAGUGCUGGGCAGGCAGCCUGGUUGCCCAGGGCAAAGUGAAAAAAAAAGGACAAGGUUUAACGAGCUAUGCAAUCUUUCUCCAAAACCCACAGCUGGGCUACACCCGACCCCGCCUGUUCCUUCUCCCCUGACCCUUCCCAAUGUGAAGCUGUGUGAACAGUGGGUCCAAGGGCUCUGUCCCUGUCUCUGUCCAGGACCUGAGCACCACCCCAUCUUCUCUCCCCAAUGACGUGGAAUCCUCACUGGUGUGUGCUGUCCACAGAUUUGUGAACACCUGGUACAGUAAAACACUUUCAUGU